AUGCCCUUAGCAUGGACGGCCCGUGUCUUCGGCGCUGUGAUACGACACGUCGCCAUCCGACCCAAGCGCCUGACGCCGCGCUCCUUGUUCCACUACUCGAUCACCAAGUCGCACACCAACCUGCUCGAGACCGACUACAACUUCCACAAGUCCAACUCGACAUAUUUUGCCGACCUGGACGUGUCCCGUUCGCACCUGGUCAUGCACCUCAUGCGCCCCGGAAUCAAGGCGAUCAGCGAGAACGCCAAGACGAAGCUCGUGCAUGACAAGCAGGGCAAUCUGAUCAAAGGUGGCUUCGGCAUGGGGUUGGGCGCCGUGUUCUGCAGCUUCAAGAAAGAGCUCGGCUCAUACCAGGGGUUCGAGAUGUGGACACGCGUGCUGGCCUGGGAUCGCAAGUGGCUGUAUCUCGUCACGCACUUCGUGAUCAAGGGCAAGGUCAAGCCGACGCAGUGGGACGACAAGAGCUAUGGGAGGCUCCGCCCGAAGGACCAGGAGGCCGACUUCCAGAAGUACGUGAUCGCCACCGCGGUCAGCAAGUACGUCUUCAAGCUCGGCCGCUUCACCGUCCAUCCCGCCAUCGUCCUCGAUGCUAGCGGUCUUUUGCCCCCGCGACCCGGCGCCGGCUGGAGAGGCGGCGAGGCCGAGGUUGGCAUGCCGGAUGAGCUGGGCGAGAUCACGGCGGAGAGUGAGUGGGAUUGGAAGAAAGUAGAGUCGGAGCGCCGCAAGGGCAUGGAGUUUGCGGAGCAUUUCGCCGCGUUGGACAGCACCAACGGCCUCUUUGAGGGCGGCGAGGACGGAGCCUUGGGCCGAUUUAGCCCUGGCUAA